GUGGCAAAGCCGUAGUUUAAAUAUAGACAAGGGGCUUUUUGUUGCACAACGUUGCAUAUAAGAGCACUCUCCUCCUCGUUCUCUUCCACUCCCACUAAACAUUCCUUCUCUCGCUCACUCUCCUUACAACUUUUAUUUUGGUUAAAAGUUUAUAUAUAACAUUAUUGGGGUAGAAAAAAGUCAAAAGAAAUGAAAGAGACGAGAGUGAUAGUGCUUCUUCUAAUUCACUCAUUCUUCUACGUUGCCUUUUGCUUCAAAGAUGGACUACUACCAAACGGUGACUUCGAACUAGGUCCACGACACUCGGACAUGAAAGGAACACAAGUGAUCAACAAAGCAGCAAUCCCAAACUGGGAACUCUCAGGGUUCGUCGAGUACAUUCCCUCAGGACAAAAACAAGGUGACAUGAUCCUUGUCGUGCCUAAAGGCGCAUUCGCAGUGCGUCUAGGCAACGAAGCCUCAAUCAAACAAAAAAUCAUCGUCAAAAAAGGGUCUUACUAUUCGAUCACGUUCAGUGCUGCUCGAACAUGCGCACAAGACGAGCGUCUAAACGUUUCUGUGGCUCCCCACCAUGCAGUAAUGCCGAUCCAAACCGUGUACAGUAGCUCGGGCUGGGAUUUGUAUUCGUGGGCUUUUAAGGCCCAAAGUGACUACGCAGAUAUAGUGAUACAUAAUCCAGGUGUUGAGGAAGAUCCUGCUUGUGGACCUCUCAUUGAUGGUGUUGCUAUGAGGGCCCUUUUCCCUCCUCGUCCCACCAAUAAGAACAUACUAAAGAACGGAGGAUUCGAAGAAGGUCCAUGGGUUUUACCAAACACAACCUCUGGUGUUCUGAUCCCACCAAACUCCAUCGACGACCACUCUCCUUUACCUGGUUGGAUGGUCGAGUCUCUUAAAGCCGUCAAAUACCUCGACUCCGAUCAUUUCUCCGUUCCUCAGGGCCGUCGCGCCGUCGAACUCGUAGCUGGUAAAGAGAGCGCUGUUGCACAAGUUGUCCGCACUAUCCCGGGUAAAACGUACGUACUCUCCUUCGCUGUUGGAGACGCAAGCAAUGCAUGUGCUGGUUCUAUGAUCGUCGAGGCUUUCGCCGGGAAAGACACGAUCAAAGUCCCUUACGAGUCUAAAGGAAAAGGAGGAUUCAAGAGAGCUUCGUUGAGAUUCGUCNAUUCAACAAAACUCAAGGCUUCAUCUAAAUAA